AUGGGUAUUUCUCGUGAUUCUCGUCACAAAAGAUCCGCCACCGGUGCCAAGCGUGCUCAAUUCAGAAAGAAGAGAAAGUUCGAAUUGGGCCGUCAACCAGCCAACACCAAGAUUGGUGCCAAGAGAAUCCACACUGUCAGAACCAGAGGUGGUAACAAGAAGUUCAGAGCUUUGAGAAUCGAAACCGGUAACUUCUCCUGGGCCUCCGAAGGUGUCGCCAAGAAGACCAGAAUCGUAGGUGUCGUCUACCACCCUUCUAACAACGAAUUGGUCAGAACAAACACUCUAACCAAGGCUGCCAUUGUCCAGAUCGACGCUGCUCCAUUCAAGCAAUGGUUCGAAGCUCACUACGGUCAAACCCUAGGUAAGAAGUCUGCCAAGUCGGAAGAAGUCGCUGCUCCAACCAAGAGUACCGAGAGAAAGUGGGCCACCAGAGCCGCUGCCUCCAAGAUUGAACAAUCUGUCAGCUCCCAAUUCUCUGCCGGUAGACUAUACGCUGCCAUCUCUUCCAGACCAGGCCAAUCCGGUAGAUGUGACGGUUACAUUCUAGAAGGUGAGGAACUAGCUUUCUACCUAAGAAGAUUGACCGCUAAGAAAUAA